AGCAGCACAGUCGGCAUAGAGGAGCUGUAUGGAUGACGGAAUUUUUCCACAUAACAACAAAUAUGGCGGCCCCCAGUUAGUUUAAGCGGACUUUCUUUAUAUUUUCUCGUCGUCGUUUGUGCGAUGUUACGAAUGAUUAAAUAAAUGAGCAACAGCAGUACUUUUCGUUGACACUGAACAUAAUAACGCUUUAAAAAAAAAUAUAUUAUUAUAACCUUACCGACAAAAAAGAAAUCCAGUUUACAAAUUAAUCAAAUUUUGCCCACGGCUUUUUAAUGUUGUUGUUUCUAUGGAAACGCACAACCUUGAAGGGCAGAAAGGACACCGAAGCGAAGGCAAAAAUCAAAACUUGAUGUUAAUGAGAGUGCAGUGUGGACGGCCAUCUGAUUUUGUGAUUCCUUUGUCUUGUGAAGCUAGGAAUAUUUAGAGGAUCUGUUUUGGCAGAAGGAAUCAGAAAUCAUGGUGCUGAAGGUCUUCUUCCCCCAGUGUUGCAACGCGGCAGACAGCGGACUCCUGAUCGGCCGAUGGCUUCCAGGACAUAACUCUGCCGUUGUGCUGGCUGUGAUCCACUUCCCCUUCAUCCCUGGCCAGGUAAAGCAGUAUCUGAACCAGCUCCAGAGUCUGACCCAGAUGGACCUGACUGUACUGGGCUCCUGGUGCAAGCCUUCAGAGGACCAGGAGAGUGUACAGAGUUUUUUGAAGGAUCUGAGCACCAUUUUCCCGCAUGGACGCUGGCUCCAUCUGAGCAGUGAGAUAGGAAAGAAGCGCUUCAGCUGCCAGGUGAACUCCCGAGGCAGCAAGGUGAUCGAGUCUGAUGAUAAGGAGGACAAGGGUGAUCAGGUGAUCUGUAUCCACUAUGAUCAGUGCAAGGUCAUGCUGUCCCAGCUGCACCCGGCCAGGGAGGGAUUCUCAACCCCCCAGACAGAGCUGUCCGAGCUCAGGCUGGUCUUCCAGACUGUAUCCCAGAGCCAGGCACUCUUCUACAUAGAUAAGUAUGAUGAAGGGCCAUUCAAGCUCACCCACUGGCAGUCAGAGGGCAGAGAGGGCAGUAUUAUAGUGGAGCUGUCGAAGCAAGCCUCUGUGCCAGUGUGUCUGGUACUCACAUGGUUGCUGUCUGUCUGGUACUGGGUGUGCAAAAGCAGGAUCCUGAACCUGUGGCCAAUGCGUUUUGUGUCCAGUAAAUUGUCUUCCUGCAUCCAGCUGAGUCAUCGGACAGAGCACCUGCAGGUGAUCAGCGUCCCCAGGAAGGCAGAGGACCACACAGAGUUCAUGAGGAAGGCGAAUAUCUUCGUUUCGUUCCUGGUCGAUGUGGCUCUGGGGCUCCUACUCAUCUCCUGGCUCUACAGAGAGAAUCGAAUUGGGCGGCUUGCCAACACUCUGGUUCCUGUUGCUGAUCGCAUCGCAGAGGAGCUUCAGGAGCUGCUAAAGUGGUUGAUGGGAGCCCCGGCUGGGCUGAAGAUGAAUCGGGCUUUGGACCAGGUGCUGGGGAGAUUCUUCCUGUACCACAUCCAUCUGUGGAUUAGUUAUAUUCACCUGCUCUCCCCUUUCAUUGGGAUGAUCUUGUGGUACGUGGGCCUCUCUGCAUGCCUGGGGCUCACUUUUGCACUCUCUGUCCUCUCUGAUAUUGUUGCCUUGCUGACAUUCCACAUUUACUGCUUCUACGUCUAUGGAGCCAGACUCUACUGUCUAAAGGUCUAUGGACUAUCCUCUCUGUGGCGGCUGUUUCGUGGAAAGAAAUGGAAUGUACUGAGGCAACGUGUGGACUCCUGUUCUUAUGACCUGGACCAGCUGUUCAUUGGGACUCUGCUGUUCACCAUUCUCCUGUUCCUAUUGCCAACCACAGCGCUGUAUUACCUGGUCUUCACUCUGCUCCGCCUGCUGGUGGUGUUGUUCCAGGGUCUGCUUCACCUUUGUGUGGAUUUUAUUAACUCAUUCCCUCUGUUCGCUAUGGGGCUCAGGAUCUGCAGAUCCUAUAGACUGGCAGCUGGAGUAAAGUUUCGUGUGUUGGAACAAGAGCCAGAGAGGCCACUUCACUUACUUAUGGAGAUUAAUCCCUUGACGUACAGCGCAGUGCUGCAGUGGUACAGGACACUGACUUACAGCUGCUACCCAAAGGACUCCUGGGGGGCGCUGUGCAAGAAACUGUUCAUUGGGGAGCUCAUUUACCCCUGGAAACACAAGAACAUCAAAACAGACUGAUCUUCUGUUCUAUAGAACAAAAACUGUUCAGACCUGAGGCUGUGGAGAUGAAGAAAUUAAGCAAGUGGUGUUUUUAUAUAAUUUUAGAAAGGGGCAGGAUGGUCACCUGAAUAUAAAAUAAAAUUUAGGGAGCAAUGCAAUUAGCAUCUUACAACCAACCUUUUUUUUUUUGCAGCUAUAAGAGGACUGAGAACAAAAUGUAAUGAUUAAUUUUAAUUGUGAAAUUAUGGAUUCAUUUAUUGUAACUUUAUUUUCUAUAGGUUUCUGUUGAUUACUUUAUAGUGAUUAUUGAAGACUCUGUCUAGAGAGACCAGGUCUCUCUUAUAUACCAGUGUAGCAUAGUUUCCUUAAAAUAAAAAAAAUAAAUAAAAAAUGUCACAUUACACGCUUCAGCAAAAACAAGCAGGCUUUUUUUGCACUAAUAUUAAAGUUUAUUAUUUCCCCUUUUGUAUGUAUUUUAUUAUACAGCAGUGAUUGAAGUUUCUGUUAAAGUUAUGGCUGCGUUCCAAAAAAUCUAAUUCCUCGCUAGCAGUGAAAACAUGUUGCUGUCUAGUAAGCAAAAGCAGCAGUGGGUCCAAUUUUUGUUCUUACAAAAAAUAGUGAAAACUUUAAGGUUGUUCAGCAUUCUGAAUACAAAUAUUCUGUUUAAAAUAACAGGACCUUUCAUUGUGUUUGUCUGGUCCAUCAUAAGUAUUGAAUUAUCUUAUCGUGUCCGAAUAUUAAAUAGGCAAGUAAACAUAUCUGGAAUAGCACACACACACACACAGCAAAAAUAUCUAAUACAUUUUAACCAGCUGUGGCUGGUUUGACAGUGAAUUCAUUGUAUGCUACAUGCAUUUCAAAUCAACCUUUCUACUUUCUCCACUCCUUGAUCUUAUAAUAAAAAUACC